AUGUCGUAUCGUGGCUGGUCAGCUCUCAUCCGGAAUUAUGGAGCCCAAAGAGCCCUGUUGUGGCCGUCGUGGCACCAAUGCCAGCAGAGGAUCAUCUCGACCAAGCCACUGAAAAUCCUCGGAGCCUUUGUCGUUAUAACGGGGUUUGCGUUAAUAAUAGCCUUCUUGCAUGUCUUGUGGCACUACGCCAAGUUGACAAAGCUCAAAAAAAGGAUAACAGCAGAAGAGAAGGAAAACAAAAGAUGGCAGCUCAGCAUCGGCGGCUUCUUCGAGAUGCUCAUCAUCUCGUGUAGUGAUCAGCAGAUUUUCACCGGAGCGGCGUACGCCAUCACGAUGCGCUUCGCCAAAGCCUGCUCCAUCUCGGCCUACCACUACAAUGUUAUUGCGAACAUGCUGUUGAUCACCUGCGCCACACACUUGCUGACCCUUCUUGUGUCCAAGCACUACUGGGAGCACCCUUGGGUGGCCGGGAUCCGGACGGUAGCGACAGGGUUAUUGUAUCUCGCGACGGGAAUUUAUCUUUCUACCCAGGCAACCCCAGGUUCCGAGCUUGCGUUUCCGACCGCAGUUCCUAAAGACGACGAGAAAUGGAGCACCCUCCUUCUACCAGCCGCCUGCUUCCAAGGGAGCGCUGAGCAGUUUGCAAACACCUUGCAGCAGUCUUUCCACGGAGCCGGGCUGUUCAAGGUGGGCGACCGUAUCACCGGAUGGACUCCCUUCGUCAUUCUUGUCCUGUACUACGUCCUUGCCAACAUUGUUACCCUUGGUCGGGUCGUUCGCGCAGGACGGGAGAAUGGCGGAAAGCGGGAAAAGUUUUGCAAGUGGUUGGUGGACAUGAUAGGACAGAAGAAGCUGAAGUGGGUGAAUCGUAUCGGUGGACAGGUCUAUGGCGUCUAUCUCCUGGCUGGCCUGGUAAUUUCAGGAUACACGAUGGCCUCCUCUUCCGAGUACAUUGAGAUGCUUCGCCGCUGGGUGGACCGGUCAGGCUGGAUCCAACUCUAUAAUGGCACCAACCCGGAGAACGACCCCAAGUCCUUUGGUCAGCUUGUUCCUCUUCUGAUGAUGACACUUACCGUGUUUACGUUUUUGCAGAUGCUGAGUGAGGCCAUUACCAUCAGGAAGUUGAAGAAUAACCACAGCGAUGAGCUUGAGGACGUGAGGCAGGAAUUCGAAGACCAACUGGAAGACGCAAGAACAAGUUCGGACAAAGUCCAAGGCAGUGGCAUGGGCAACGGAAAGCGGCCUGAGGUCCACGAGAAGGAGGCGUUCAGCAGGCCAUCCGAAGCAAGUGGAAGCCAGGCUUAUGGGAUGAACUCCCAAACGCCUCUCCCGCCGGCCCCGAUGUACACCAUGUUCGCCAACCCAUCUUCUUCGAGCAGCGCUCCGUUCUUUGUCUACGCCGCACCGCCGACUGGCUCGCCGAUGGCAACACCCGAUUGGGCUUCCAUGACGCCGCAGCAAGGAACGCCGAUGCAUUUUAUCAUCCCGGCGCAGUUCGUAGCGGGAGCGUUUCCGAUGAUGACUCCUGGAAACGGAGGCGCGCCUUCUCCUCCAGGAUUUCCUUGGAACUCUCCCACUCCUUUCGGACCUGGUCCUGCCCCGGCCUCGAGCGAACCUGGCCCGAGUAAGCCCUCGCCGUCCGAUGAUGUGUCGUCUUCGCCGGAAGCCUCAACAAAGGCGGAACCUGAGAUCACCACAAAGGACACCAAGUCGACGCCAGUGGUUUCCGUGUAUGAUGUGAACCCCACGCCACCUCCGCCAUCGCGAUCCUCGACCGUUCCCAUUCCGAAGUCGGACCCCUCCGAUAAUGAGAAGCUGGCGCCUCAUCCGGCUAACCUUCGAAGGGCUGAUAGCGAAUUUACGCUGAUAGGACAGCCGAGCUCGAGCCUGGAUGCCGGGGGCCCGACAGGUCAGCCAAUGCCGGCACAAGGCCCCAGUGGUGUUGCUGCGGAUCCCAACACGCUAAGUUACUUUCCGGCAGUUGCCGAGUCAAGCGCAGAGGAAGAGGGUCAGGAAGCAGAGAGAAGGGCUGGCGAAGGAAAUACUGCGGGAGGCACUGGAUUUGAGGUUGGAAAGGCGAUGUAGGAUGCCAGACGUCAAUAGCGAGGCUAAAGGGAGUUUGAGGAAUCAAGGCUACCGGGUUAAGGGAAAGAAACAUGAUUUGGCUGGAGUUUUGGGCAUUUGGCUUCUGGGAGGAUGUGCUACGAUACCAUGGCUUAAUGAGUUUGAUAUAGCAUUGAAUAAUAUGUGACAACGUUGGAGAGCUC